AUGGGUGAUACGACUGGACAAGUCGUAGCUGGUGGCAAUGCCGCAGGAGAGCGAUUGGAUCAAUUGAAUUGUCCAACCGAUGUGCUGAUUGACAAAGAGACUGAUAGUCUCAUUAUUUGUGAUCAAGGAAAUCGACGAGUCGUACGAUGGUCUCGUCGCAGUGGUACAACUCAAGGAGAAAUCCUCAUCGACAACAUUCGUUGCUGGGGAUUGGCCAUGGAUGAUCAGAGAUAUCUCUACAUCUCUGACUUCGAAAAACAUGAAGUAAAACGAUAUCAAAUAGGAGACAAGAAUGGAACUCUCGUAGCUGGUGGCAAUGGCAAAGGUGCUGGUCUCAAUCAACUCAACUUUCCGUGUUACAUCUUUGUCGAUCAACAACAGACUGUCUAUGUGUCAGACAACGAGAAUCAUCGUGUGAUGAAAUGGGAUAAAGGUGUAAAAGAAGGAAUUGUCGUUGCUGGAGGUCAAGGCGAAGGAAAUGCUCUGACACAAUUGUGGUAUCCUUACAGACUGUUCGUCGAUACGUUGGGUACCAUCUAUGUGGCAGACUCGGUGAAUCAUCGAGUGAUGAGUUGGCCUAAAGGAGCGAAACAAGGCACUGUCAUUGUGGGUGGAAAUGGUGAAGGAGAAGGUGAAAAUCAGUUCAACCGUCUCCGUGGUUUGUUCUUCGAUCGACAAGGUAAUCUCUAUGUCGUCGAUCUGAACAAUAAUCGUGUUCAACGAUUUUCAAUCGAAUGA